GUGUGUGUGUGUGUGUGUGUGGCUCCUGGGCAGCUGGUUGAAUGUGCAGUAGCUGCCACACUGGAUCUGCGAGCUGGCGUGUGACAGCAGUGCCGGAGCGAGUCCCUCAGGGUUCUGUCACUGCUCAAACCGCUGGGACUGGAGACGUGCAACUGAACUGAGGGAAAUGGGUCAUAACUGCAGGCUGCUCGCAUCCAAACAACUGCUUGUUUUCUGGCAACGGCGUGCUUUACUGCAAGUGAUCAUUUUCGGAAGUGAGUCACUGCCCAGUGUCCGGUACACGGGAGGAGAGCGGAUGGGAGGAGGGAGAGGAGGGAGAUUAGCAUCGCUAGAGAGGCUCGUCGGAGGAGGGGAAAACAGGGAGGAUCUGUAUCUUAUUCGCGGACGAAACACGGACAACAAACCAGCAAGUGAAUCUCAAACAAAACUGAAAAUGCUUCAGCAGGAUCGGGCCGUGAACCCCGUCUUUGGAGGUCAAGCGCUGGUCGGACCGGUGCACAGCGGUCAGAAGAAAUGUGAGAAAGAUGGAAACUUUAACUUCCUGGGGCAGGACGAUGACCCCAUGACGGGAGAUGAAAAUCGCAACCAGGUGCGUCCAAGAGCUUUGGGUCGUGAUCCGACUUUUUCUGCCAACCACUAUGGAUCUGGACCGCUCUCGCCCUUGUCCCGCCUGCCGUGCUGGAGCCCUCUGGAGCCUCUGCCCGAGAUUGAGAGUGGAGACGAUAUGGGCGGCAGAGUCCCUCCGGAUGGAGCCGAGGAAGGCAAGAUGGAUGAAGAGAUGAGGAGAGUGACGGAUGAUGAAAAGGAGCAGGCAUUGGGAGAGCGAGAGAAAGUAGAGGAACUACUGGAUGAUGACGAAGAGGAGGAUGGAGGGUUAGAGUGGGCUAGUGACGAAGAGUUUGAAUUCAGCUACAGGUCCGAAAGCUCUUCCCUAUUUAGCAUGGAGAGUGGCGACACGGGAGCACACAACUCCAUCUGGGACCAAAUCUGCCGUGAACGUCCGACAGCAGACAAUGGGACCGCAGACGCCCUGAAGAACCAGAACCGUGCGGAUAAGAAGGCAGAGCGGCGGCGAGAGAGCCUGGAGGGCAUUGACGCAGUUGAAGACGCCUCGUCGGACUCGGACACCGACCCCUGUUCCGAGCUUCCGGACCUUAUGGAGGCUGUUUGGACACUACAGGACCGGGAGAGGUUUAAGGCACAGGAGAUGGAGAAGCAUCAGGUCCAGCUGACCAUGUACCGCCGCCUGGCUCUCAUCCGCUGGGUUCGCACCUUACAAAACCGAGUCCAGGAGCAGCAGAACCGCCUCCAGUCCAGUUUCGACAUCAUCCUCACACACAGGAAAGAGCUUCUGCGCAUGGGCGCUGCCGCUGCCACCCAAUAACAGAGACAAACAGAAAAAAGUCAUGAGACCAACUGAUGACUCUUAUCAUGUGAAAACUGAUCUUUGUGCAUCUCGUUCUUUACAAUCAAAUUUCCUCCUGGGUCUCUGAACUAUUUUGCCCUAAUGUUCCUCAUUAUCACUAUCAUAAAUGUGGUUAAAAUCCUCCGAAACAUCACCUUCAGCUGUGUCCGCAUGGUUCCUGAUGCCUCCUCCUCAUAUAUAUAAAUAUAUGUUUUUGUGUGCUAUAAAAUAAAUUAUAUUUAACAAUUAA